GAAAGCACAUACUGGGUUCAAGAUGGGAUGCAUGGGUCAGGCGUGGAUGUCCUUCCAGAUGGUUCACUGCUUUUGACCAAUGUACUCGGCAAAACCCGUGGCCGUUACAGAUGUCUGUUGGAGCAAAAUGACGAAAAUCACUGCCAUUCGAUUGGUGUAAGAGGCUCGCCAGAUCCCCCUGAGAAUGUGACUGUGUCCACAUCAACUGUUAUUGCUGUAGUGACGUGGCACCUACACUUGGAAGAGGACUGGGAAGAGUCCCCUGAGGGGCCUAAGACAACACUUCACCUCCAGUAUCGACCUAUACAUUCAGCUCAGUGGUUGCAUUUGCCACAUCACAUAGCCCCAUCACAG